UAUGCUUCAUGUAGAAUCGAAGUCAUUGAUAUUUUUUACUUAAAAAUGUCAAGUCGUAUCGAAUAUAUAAUUUCACCAUGGGAAAUCGAAUCAUAUAUACAAAGUUUAAAAGUUUCCGAUCUUCAAGAUGUUGGAACAACAGGAUGGUUAGAAUUUCAUAAAAGAUUAAUGUUAUUGAACCAACAAAGUGUUUUAGAAAUUAACGCUUUGCGGGAAGAAAAUGUAAAGGAAUGGUUUGUUUCUCUGCAAAAGAUUCCAGUUCUUAUAUAUGAAGCUAUACAAAUUGAUAUAUGGAAACAUAAAGUAUUUCCAAUUUUACUUGAAAUGAAUUCAGCUCCAUCAAAUACAUUUAUGCAUUUUACUAUAUUUUAUCAUGAAGACAUUGCAGUUUCUUUGUUAGAGAAUGUUUUGUUUCACAGCGAAAGCGCGGAAUCUAUGGAUGAUUCUAGUUUGGAUCUUGUUGAUUAUGCUGUUAAAUGUGUGUCUACACUUCUUGACACAGGAGACAUUGAAAUUUAUGAAAGCAUAAAAGAUCCAAACUCCUGUUUAGAUGAAAUAUUAGAAAAGAAGAAAGAACUUGAAUUUGACAUUGGUAUGCGCUGUAUUUCUAUUCUUCGUUAUUUGGCCGAAUAUGCGGAUAAUUUACCCAUUUGCGUGUUAUCGCGAUUACUUGCUACUCAUGAUGUACCUUACUUGCUUGUUCAACUGAUUGAAAAUCACCCAUGGAAGAAGGAGAAUGCAGAAGGUGAAAAUAUGUUGUACAAUAGUGGUUGGAAAAAAAGUAAAUCAAAUGAAGAAGGAAAGAUUUCGAAAGUAGAAGCACAAAUAUGGUUCGGUUUACGAGAGCUGCUACUUAAUCCAAAAAGUGCACCAUACUAUGAAAUCACUGAACACAGAUUAUCUCAAUUGAUAAAGUUACAGAAAUAUUUACACGAGAAUGUAUUGGAUCAAAUCUCUCCACUGAUAGAUUUAAAAAGAUGGUUAAGUUAUUUGACGGUUUCAUCGGGUCACUCUAGAGCACCUCGAGCAGUAAAUGUAGAACUCAUACCACAGAUAAAAUCAUCAAUAGUGGAAAAGUAUCAUAAGAAAUGGAAAAAAUUGGCAAAGCAUCAGUCAAAGUUCUUGUAUACAACAGAUGCAGAAUUAAUUCAAAACGCGGCGCAAAUUUUAAGUGAUGCAUAUGACUUAGAUAAGUUAGAGUGGAUUGAUGUUAAAGAAUGUUUUUUAUGUCAUGAAGAAGCAAAGAAUCGGUGUUCUAAGUGUAAAGAAGCUUGGUACUGUGGAAGAGAAUGUCAAGUAAAAGAUUGGGAAAAUCAUAAACAUAUCUGUAACAAAAUAACAGAAAGUGUAAAGAAUGAGCUACACGAUUAACUUAGGUUACUCCUUGAUAAAAAACAGACGAUUUAUUUGUAAUUAUAUACGAAUAGUUUUAAUUUAGCUUAAUUACUAUAUAAAAUACAAAAAUAUUAAAGGACUAAA